AUGGAGGAUGCCAGAGAAAGGACGCGAAUACGAAUGAGCUACAAUGACUUAAUUUUAAUCCUAUCCUUAUGCUACUCGAUUGGAGACAUAUUUUUACAGUGGAAUAAUUUUAUCAAGUGUUACAAACCAAUUCAUGUAUGGUUAGUUGUGUCGUUUAUAUCCAUAGUGUUAUACAGACUGUCUCAUUUUUUAGCUCAAUAUUUAAGCAAUGAUAGUGAUGAGUUUAUAAUAUACAGACGAAAUAGUCCCCCAUAUUAUAUAAACAUUCUAGUUUUGUGUGUGUUGUUUCCAUUUUUUCUCAUAUGGAAUAUAGUAGGGACAAUAUGGAUUUAUCAAAUUAUCAAAUAUACUCCAAAAUGUCUACCAAGAAAUAAUCACCCAUGGUUUAUUGUUCUGUGGAUUGCACUUUGUUAUGUUUGGAUUUUAUUAUAUUUAUUUUUUAUUUUAUUGUCCUUAUAUCUGGAAUACCAAUCAAGAAUUUAUGAGCGAACGCUAAUCAAUAUGCAAGCCAACGACAUUUUCACUAGGUGGAGUGACAACAUCGAUAUGAUACGAGACUAUGGUAUAUUCAUUUACCGAAAAGGGCUUCGUUUAAAACAAAUUGAAAGCUUACCAUACUAUUAUAUAAAGAAUGUUGCAAGUGAAUCCAAAUGUUCCAUAUGCCUAAACGAUUUUCAAGUGGACGAAUGUGUGCGAACAUUGCAACUCUGCAGUCACACGUUUCACAAAUCGUGCAUCGAUUUAUGGCUCGUUAGGAGUGCCACUUGCCCUAACUGUAAAUCGCCUAUUGCGUCGCAGGGAAUUUUUGGAAACAUAUAG